CUACUAGUCUCAAUCAGACCCUUCGGAAAAAGCUCGCAGGGCUUACACAAAUCCCAACCCUAGAACCAAUCCUCCCAAAUUUUUUUAGGGUUUUCAUUCACACUCAUUCUGGCUUUUCUGCACACAAGCUCUCUGACCCAGACUGUUGUGAAAUCGAUGGAUCUGGAGGUUGUGGGCCGCCACGCGUUGCUCUUCGACGACGACGCGAACGCCGCUUUCGUCAAUUCUAGGGAUGCCCUUGUCGAGUGGAACUCGCUUUUCAUCGAUCGAUACGACGUCCGCCACUUCCUCUCUGCUCCACCACCACGCAACCACCGCCGCCAACUACUCGAACCGGACCUCGAUCACGAACGAUUCCUUGAUUUGCCUUCACCUUUGGAUGAACAAGAACAAGGUGUAUGUAAAGAUGAAGAAGCAGUGGUUGACAGUGGCUAUCGAGCUGUUACCUUCAGUUAUGGAAAUUUAGAUGGAGCGGCUGAGCAAAAAAACAUUGAAGUUGAAUCUGUCUUUCACCCACCAUUUCCUGUGCCAGAAAGCUUAAUUCAAAACCUACCUCGAUCAGAAAAGGUACAUCAAAUCAUUGCAAGAAGUGCCACAUUCGUCAGCCAGCAUGGUGGGCAAUCAGAAAUUGUUUUGAGAGUAAAACAAGGAGACAACCCAAUAUUCGGGUUCUUGAUGCCCGACCAUCAUCUUCAUGCAUACUUUAGAUUUCUUGUUGAUCAUCAAGAACUACUGAAGUCUGAUUUUGAUGGAAAAAAACUAGAAGAAGAGAAGGGUGAUACAAGACGUGAUCAGACUGGUGGUGCAUUGUCUUUGCUUGGUUCUAUUUAUGGGUCUGGAGAUGGAGAGGAAGAGGAUGGCACAACUGAGGAUGCACCUGAAGCACAUACGAAUAGGUUUAAUGAAACAGUUGAUGGUGUUAGUGGGAGUGUUUCACACAGACCAGAACAUACUGAAUCUACAGUAAAUGUAUUAGAGCAAAGUGAUGUUUCCAACAAUAAAUCUUCUUUGAAAGAAAAAAUCCAUGUAAUAAAACGAAAUCGAAGCAUUAAUAAUAAUGUCAAAAGUGGAACAACAUCAGUGUUGAAAAAGGAUGGAGAUGGCUUAAGGUCAAUUUCUACUGCUACUAGUAAGUCACAGGCAUCUGCAGGGCCUAGCAUGUCAAAGGUUGAAGUACCUAUAUUGGAGCCUCCAUCUGAUUUAAAGAGAACAGUUGACAAGAUAGUUGAGUUCAUCUUAAAAAAUGGCAGGAAAUUUGAAGGUAUACUUGCUGAACAGGAUCGUCCAUAUAAAAGAUUCGAAUUUCUUCUGCCUACUAAUCUUUAUCAUCCUUACUAUUUAAAGGUUCUUCAAAAGACUCAGGAGUCUGGCCUAGCUGGCAAAGGCUGUGUCUCUGAAAAGCAUGGGUCCAUGGGGCUUGGAAUGGAGAAGAAAAGUGCUAAAUGUGGAGAAGGUGAUGCACAUUCCUCAGGAUUUGCUGAUGAUGAUAUACCUUAUGAUUACGAUAAGAAAGAGAAAUUUCGAAUGAUACUGGCAAAAUCCAAGAAGGAUGUACAAGAUCCGCCUCCUAAUGUUAACCAGCCCCAAGGUGAAGUCACUAUAGAUGCAGAUGUUACUGCAGCUAUACUUAGGGCUGCCACCAGGGGCAUUAAGAAUCCGAAUCUAGAGCUGUUCCCAAAACUUUCAUGGGGUAGUAUUGGUGAAGACCCUAGUGAUGAGGCUGGACAAUCCUUAAGUUUUGGGAGUCUCCACGUAUCUCAACCUCAAAGUUCAGUUCAAAAGCGAGAUGCUGUUGGGCAUCCUAACAUUUCUGCCCCUGCUGCAAAGGUUAUAGCGGAGACGGCUGCUCUUGCAGCUGCUAGUGAGGCUGAUUCCUCUGAGGCAUCCUUGACUAAAGAAGAAAAGCUGAAGGCUGAGAGAUUGAAACGUGCUAAGAUGUUUGCUGCCAUGAUAAAAAGUCGAGCUGCACCUUUGAAACCGGAGCCAUUGUGUAGCUCAUCAUUUGAACCACCUGGUUCUGGGGUUUCCUCCUCAGGCAAUGAGGUUGCCAAUCCAUCAGGCAAAGAAAGGGAGGGUAGUUCCAUUCCAAUGGAUGUUGAUGCCUUGGGCCAUCUUGAUAAAUCUGAAAAGAAAAUUAUUGUUGAUGAAUGCACUGAGCGAAGAUCAAAGAGGAGCUACCGGUCUAGAUCUAAAAGGCAUGAAGAAGAUGAAGAGAGUGGUGACGAGGAGGAAGAAGAUGAUAAAAAAGAUCAUAUGCAGUCAAGGAAGAAGCAUCGAUCUCAUCGAUCCUCACGUCACAGUGAAGACAAGCAUAGGCACAGGAAGAGACAUUCCUCAUCCAAGGACAGAGACUCUCGAGACAGUUGUAAGCGUGACAUUGAUGACAAUUGGCAUUCUCGGCAUCGAUCUAAGCACAGUAGCUCUUCAGAUAAUGGGGAACAUGGAUCCUCAAGAAGGCAGCAUAAACAUCAUAUUUCGUCUGAUGAUGAACAUCAGCAUAAUAGACACAGGCACAAGUGUGGUGUUUUGUUUGAAGAUGAGUAUGAGCAGAGGACUCGUCAUCAGCACAAAAGUGGUGGUUCCCCUAAUGAGGGUCGUCACAGGAGCAGAUCCACUAAACAUAGGAAACAUAGGUCUGAAAGAGAGCCAGAGUUGGAAGAAGGGGAGAUCCGUGCUAAGUCGGAUCAAUCAAAAGCAAAUGAAAGUGACCGAGCGAGUAGGGAAACUUCUAUAGAUCUGUUAAAAUCCUAUCAACAAGGAAGUGCCCCAUCACAGCCCUCUGAAUCCACGGAGGUCUCUGAUGAUUUUAGAGCUAAAAUCCGUGCCAUGUUGAUGGCAACCAUGUAGUAGGCGGAAUUAGUUUUCUAUGUUCUUGUGUUUUCACAAGUUUAUAACUAUCCUUACAAUUCAUUUAUUUUCUUUUUUUGUUUGAUGAAAGAUUCAUUUCUUUUAUUAGUAAUGAGCCCAAGGGAUAGUUUCCUUUUCUGUUC